AUGACAGUUGAUAUACAGUCCAUCCUUCCAGGCCCUGAGGAGACCUGUUGUCCCACACUGCUUCCGAAGGGGCCCCAGAGCAUCUGCCUGGUUCCACUGGAGACUCUAGACACUCAGGAACAAUGCAUCACCUUUGACAGAGUCCUGAGCUCUGAUGCUGCUCAGGAGGCUGAGCAGGAGCUGCUAGCACGAGUCCAGUCCACACUAGGCUUGGUGGCCCAAGGGUAUAGUGUGUCCCUACUGCUUCGGGGUCGGGAAACAGAGGCACCUCGGCUUGUACCUCAGCUGUUGCAGAUGCUGUUUGAGGAAGCUCUGCCCCACAGGGGACUUGUUCCUGGAGUUACCACCCUUAGCCUGGUGCAGCUCAGCCCCAGUGGAAGGAUUCGGGACCUGCUCUCUCCAAGGAGAGAGAACCUAACAGUGCUAGAUGUGUCCCCUCUGGGCUUGGUGGUGGAAGAUGCCAGUGAGGUGGAGGUGUCUGACUCAAGAGCUGCCUCAGAGAUGUACUUACAGGCUGCAGGGGAUGAAGGCAGGGCCUGCUCUCUGCUCACCAUCACCAUGUCCUGCCUAGGGCCUGACCCUCCUGAGGGGCCUGGGACCCAGGGUAUGUGGCGAGGGGCCUUGAGGAUCCUGCAGAUCCCCAGAGUCCUAGAUUGUCCCCUGCUUCAGGUGUUGGCUGGUAAGGUUAUUGGUGAGGAGGUAGAGGGCACUCUGCCUUGGAUCGUGUCACAGCUCCUGGAAGGAAACAACUACACUGCUCUUCUUCUUCGCCUGGACCCUCAAGGUGGCUCCCUGAGCUUGCUCAAAGCUGCUCUGUUGGGGGCUGCAGGAAGGAGGAUGCAAGUGAAACAGGUGAAGCCCACCCUGUGGGAUGCAGUAGAAGCGGCACGUGCCCGCCGGGCUAGCCUGAAGAGCCUGCGUUCAGGCCUCCUUGGGGACACCCUGACAGAAAGGGGGCUCAGCCAGCUGGGCAGGGCACUGCGAGAGUUGCAGGUUGUAAAAGCCUGGAGCCAGUGCCUAGGAAGCUGGAUGCUCAAAGGGGUCAAAGCCAAGGCUGUGGGGCUCCCAGAACUGCAGCAGGUGAUAGAUUCAACAGCAAGCCACAGGCCAGGCUUCCAGGGAGAGCCCAAAGUGGUAGGAAUAACAGCAUCUCUAGGACCUGGGCUCCGCCAAAAUUAUCCUCCAAGGGACUCUGAGGAAGAGGCCUGGCACGCCCCAGAUGUGGCCCUGCAGUUCUUCUUGGCCCAGGCACGGAGGAAGAGACUUCAAGAACAGCACCAGAUAUGGAUCCAACAGGAACUGAAGCAUUUGGAACAGGAGGAGAAAGAGGUGGCACAUGACCAGGUCAAAGGCCUGGUGGCUGGAAAGGAGGAGAAACAGAGGUGGCGCCAGGAGCAGACACUCUGGAGACUUCAGCUGGAGGCCCUUCAGGAAGAGCGAGAUGCUGCAUAGCAGGACCUCAUAGCCCUGUAUGACCUGCACGUGCAGGCUGCCCGGGCUCGGACAUGCCACACACUGCAGGUAUUUCGAGCCUGGCGAGGGCUGUGGGAGGAGCAAGCCAUGACCACAGAGCAUCACCACCGCAGCCUGCUGGCUGGUAUCCUGCAAGACACGCUCAGACUGGCCACACAGAACCAGGAGCUCCAAGCCCAGAACCAGCAGCUUCAGCAGGAUGUAGACUAGGCUGGGGCCAGUCUUACUGGAUUGAUGCCCUGGGGAGAGGUCUGGUGAUCAGUAAUCCUUCAGGGACAGCUUCCUCUCUCUUCAGGGUCCCAGAAGGGAGGGGGAGCUGGUACGCAAUAACCAUGCUUUCACUAUGGCUAAUGAAUGGUACCACUAGCGAGGUCUUGUUGUGUCACUCCCUGCUAAGCGCCUAAUAUCCACCACUUCAUUUUAGCCUUUUCCACUACUCUAGGUAGUAGUACGUGCCACUUGAUCCUCAUUUCAGAUAAGGCAACUAAAGCUAGGAGAGGUUAAGUAACUGUCCGAGGACAGUCCACCAAUA